AUGCCUGUNGAACGUGUCAAUGUCCACUGUUACUUUGACAAUGACACUGGUCAGUGGAUCAAACUGCCCAUUGGGUAUGAAAUCCACUCUGAUGUUAUCAAAGACUUCAUGGAUAUCAUUCAGGAGACAAUCCCAGACUGGACAAAUAGUCAUGACAUCUUAGCGUCACUUAGAGCAUCAAACUAUGACCCACACGAGUGCAUAUCGACGUAUUUCAAUAUUGGAGAUCCAGUGACAGACCCAUGGCUGAAGGGAAUUGUACGGACAAAAAACAGUGCAGCUGAUGCAAACUCGAUGGAACAAAAGGACAAAGAAAUAGAAAAGUUGAAGAAAACUAUCAAGAGCUUGGAACAGCAACUUGCAAACAGCAAGGAAGAGCUCAAGAAAAGCAAUCAAAAGGUUGUAUCAUUAGAAGACAGAGUGUCGACACUCGAGGCAGAGAACAAGAGUACCAAUGUGCGUCUCACAGCACUGCAAGAAGCCAGGCCCAAGACAGCAAAGGUCGUAACUGUGGAGAAGAGUUCUGUUGAUCCUAAGACAGCCAGGGCACUGAGCGAAUCAGCCAAAAACUUGCACAAGUCCCAUAUUCAGCUCAAGAUGGCAGUCAAGAAGCAUGUGGGGGAGAUAUCAGACCUCAUGAAGAAGGCCAUCAAUGGGAUGCGUGACAUCAGGAGCUGUGACAGUGGACAAUCCAGAGAAAUUGAAGAUCUCAGGGAACUUUACAGAAAGGAAGCUCUGGAAAGAAAGUUGCUGUAUAACAAGUUACAAGAAUUGAGAGGCAACAUCCGCGUCUUUGCCAGAUGUCGCUAUGACAACAGAGUGGAGUGCUCCUUAGAGUUUCCUUCAGAUUCGGACAUUGCAACAUUCAAUCCAGCAACACAGCAGAAAAAGAUUUUUAGCUUUGACAAGGUGUACUCCCCCAGCUCCAAGCAAACUGAGGUGUUUGAAGACACGCUGCCAAUCAUCCACUCCUGCGUUGACGGGUACAAUGUGUGCAUUUUGGCCUACGGACAAACGGGGUCAGGAAAGACCCACACCAUGAUGGGACCUGAGCACGACCCGGGAGUCAAUAUCAGAUCAAUAAAGGCUUUGCUAGAGAUUUGUAAAGAGAGGAGUGACAAAGCUGACUAUACUUUAAAGGUAUCACUCCUAGAAAUCUACAAUGAGAAUGUCCAGGACUUGCUGUCCAGUGAUGUGAAGACACUACCUGUCCAGAGCAAAGGGAACAAAGUGGUCAUCCCUGGGCUGACUGAGGUCGAGGUGACCUCGAUGGCGGACAUCCAGCGCGUUAUGGAACUGGGAAAUAAGAACCGAACUACAGCUGCUACUAAGAUGAACUCUCAGAGCUCUCGGUCUCACCUAAUUCUAAAGCUGUCAGUGGAAGGGUUGAACCGCAAAGCUGGUACCCACUCCAGCGGAAGUCUGAUGUUGUGUGAUCUCGCUGGCUCAGAAAGAGUCGGGAAGACAGAGGCUCAGGGACAGCGCUUAGUGGAAGCAGCUGCCAUUAAUAAGUCUCUUACUGCACUGGGACAGGUGUUCAGUGCCCUGCGUGCCAGCCAGCUGCAUAUACCAUACAGGAAUUCCAAGCUGACACACAUUCUUCAGCCAGCACUAGGGGGCGACGCCAAGGCCUGUCUCUUUGUGGCCGUCAGCCCCGAUGUUCGGAAUAUUACUGAAACAAUAAGCACUUUGACGUUUGGCUCCAAUGCAAGGCAGAUAGCUCUGGGUCAAGCCAAGGCUAAUGUGUCCAAGAGAAUGCCAAAAGAUGAUGAUGAUGACUAGUUAUAGAAGAGAUUAAAAGAAAUUUAAAGGGACUAGAAAAGCAUUCAGAGAGAGUAGACUUCUGCCUAGACAGCUCAAUUCUCAUUAUUACUUAUAAUAAUAAUUACAGGAUCGCCGUCAAAAUCUAGUCGAUUCUAAGUGAGCCUGUUUCUGACCUAUCCUGAAAAAUUCUAUCAAAAUCCGUCCAUUAUUUUUUGAGUAAGAAUGUUAAUUACAAACCAACAAAGGCUCAACUUACUCCUUAAUAGAGUUAAGAAGUGUAUAAUACAGACACAGUUGAUAAGGAACCAAGUAUUAUUCGGACUUACUUUAAUUAAGGUCUAAUUUUCUAAAACUUUUUGAACAGUUUGAGGUUUUGGGCAUUUACAUAUGUCCCUAUAUGUUCUCCCCAGAGUUGUUUGUGACAGCCUUGGUUUUUCAAGGAAAUUAUUUUCUUAUAAAUGAAUAAAUGAUAUA